AUGAAGAUCGAAUGUGUACGAAAACGCUUAACUGCGUUUACGCUUACAGCGCUACUACUGAUAACAGUGGCACAAGGAUUAGAAGAAGCAGCGCACGAGAAGACAAAAACACACAGUGGAGCAGAAGCAGACUUUGCAACAACCGCCGACACUGCAGAUGACGAGCUAAGACUCGCCGUUGACUUCGAGCAAGUAGCGCGCAAUUUCGACAAUGCGAACCACAACCAACACCUCAAGUCAGCCAAUUUCAGUGUAACAAAUAGCAAGGGGCGUCAUUCCUGCGAACGUCGCUGUCAAAAUAAUCAAGCACUCACAUGCUAUUAUCGGCUGGUGGUGCACCAUUACCAGGCGUCGAGCGCCGAAUGCGAGCGUUGCUUUAAUAACGAAGCGGCCUGUCCGAAACAGCAAUGCAUUUACGGCGAUGGUGUGUACACACCCAUAAUAGCCAUCAAUCAAAUGCUGCCCGCACCACCAAUCGAGGUGUGUGUGGACGACACAGUUGUGGUUGAUGUCAUCAACUACCUUACCGAACCGAUCAGCAUACACUGGCACGGCUUGCCGAUGUUCCGUACGCCCGAGAUGGAUGGUGCACCAUUUAUUACACAAUAUCCAAUACAGCCAGCUGAGGGUUAUCGCUAUCAAUUUAAUGCAGAACGUGUGGGCAGCGUCUGGUAUAACAGUCAUGUGGGUUUGCAGCGUAAUUUGGGUGUUGGGGGUGCUUUCAUUAUACGGCAGCCGGUGCAAAGUGAUCCACAGUCCUAUUUAUAUGAUUUCGAUUUGCCGGAGCACACACUACUCAUACAAGACUACGUUUAUGGAAAUGAUAUGGGUCGUGUGAGGAAUCUACUCAUCAAUGGUAAGGGUAGAAAUCAUGCUUCGAGCAUUUCCGAUCGCGAUCCACGACAUCGCUACGAGCGUCUACAGGUAGCGAAUGGUAAGCGCCAUCGCUUCCGUGUCGUCUACAAUAGCGUCUUCAAUUGUCCUGUUGAGUUUUCAGUAGAGAACCAUAGAAUGCUUAUGAUUAGCACGGACGGCAAUGAUAUUGUACCGGUGCUGGCCGAUAGCUUUUUUAUGAGCGCUGGCGAACGUUUCGAUUUCGUGCUGCAGGCGAAUCAGCAAGCGCGUAGCUAUUGGAUAAGGGUGCGUGGUUAUGAGGAUUGCGCCAAGGAAAACAUCUAUCAAGGCGCUAUUUUGACGUAUCAAAGUAACGUUGGACGCGCUUUGCCACAAAACCCAUUGGUGAAAAGUUCAUUCUGCGACAAUGGUAAUGAGGAGUAUCUCACCGUGGGCGACUAUGAGCACCAACUGAAGAAAACUGUAUCAUUCGAGAAAAGUGAAUGCCCUCGCGCUGACUUCAAAGCCACAAAUGUUGCCACAGUUGGUUUGAGCGCUUUGGAACAAGUGCCAUGGAAUCGAGACACCGAAUUUCUCACAUACUAUUCACUGUUCGGUUCGCGUGCAACGGCUGGCGUUGCCAAAGUGUCCUAUCAAAUCGAUGACAUCACUUUUAAAAUGUCGAAAAUUUCACUUCUACAAACUAACGGUCUCUACAAUGAGAAAGGCGUGUACUGCAAUCGCUCAAUGCUCGCGGCAAAGGGUUUAAAUUGUGAAACGCAGCAAUGCAGUUGCACGAAUGUUGUGCGCUUACCAGCUUAUCGUGCCAUAGAAAUCGUUUUGGUCAAUAAUAAUAAUGAACCGACACCGGUGCAUUUGCAUGGCUACACUGUACGUUUGGUGGGCCAGAAUGUUUUGGGUGGCAUAGUGAACGAGAAACAGAUAAGAGAUCUUGAUAGACGUGGUGGGCUGCAACGUUCAACUGAUGAGUAUCCCAUCCAAAAGGACACGGUGCAGGUGCCACCGCUAGGUUAUGCGAUCAUACGUUUCUACAGCAGCAAUCCCGGUUAUUGGAUGUAUCACAGUUCGUUGGAUAGUCAGGCCGUAAGUGGCAUGAUUGGCGUUUUCAAAGUCGGCGAAGAUCAUCAAAUAAAAGAGGUGCCUGCGCGUUUGCGUUGUUGAU